AUGGCACCGAUUCGUCCGCAAAAGGGCUCGACGUCGUCUGCGCGAAAAGCAGCCAGCGGGCGAGGCGAAAUCGCCUCGUCCAAGGCCAGCCUGUUCCAAGAUGAAUUCCGAACGACCAAGAAAGACAAACGCCUGAUCAAGCACUCGGCUUUUAUGUCCAAGAUUCAAAAGGCCUAUGAGAAGAAACCAAAACGGCGGAGGCCCUCCAAAAAGCUGGUGACCAAUCUGGACUCGUUGGCGGAGGCUCUUCCCGCUGCAGAGGAGGGUGAUCGGAAUGACACUAGUAAUCAGGUCAAUAUUAUCAAGCACAAAACUAUGAAAAGUCGCCCCGGUGCGAUGAAACGGAAGGAGAAGCUGGAACAGAUGGAGCGGGACCGGUUUAUGAAGAACCUCGCACAGAUGACACAUAUUGAGGCAAACAACACAAGUCAGGCGGCAGCGAGUUCUGAAUCACAAGCUGAACCUCCUCCCACUUCGAGCCGAUGGGCUGCUUUGAGGAGUUUUAUAUCACAGACAAUGGAGCAGCAGCCUGCAUUCAAGGACAAUAAGUGA